CCUUCAGCAAACAUCUACACACAACAACACAAACACAAAAAGCAACUCAAGAAUCUAAACUAAAUACUAAAAAUGGCCAAAGCUCUCAACAUAACUAUCAUUCUCUUCCUCAUAGCCUCCAAUCUCCUCGUGUUUAUCAACUCCGCUAGACUUCUUGAUGAGAUCCAACCUCAGUCUCAGUUGGUCCCUACAGGCCAAAUCCCCACCGUGGCUCCAACAGAAGCUGAGGAAGAACCUGCACCAGCAACUACUGUCCCGGCUGGUCCAGCAGGGGCCACAGCCGGUGGACAGGGACCAUUACUUGAGUUCUUUAUGCACGACGUGCUAGGAGGAUCACACCCAUCAGCUCGUGUGGUCACUGGAAUAGUAGCACAAACCGAGGUCAACGGGAUACCAUUCUCAAAAGCGAGUAACAGCAUCUUCCCUGUGGACAACGGAGUCCCACUAGUCAACUCAAACAACAUCAACAGUGUCAUCAACCCAAACACAGCUCCACUCCUCACCGGCCUUAGCGGCGCUCAAACCAGCACAGUGAUCCAAAACACCAACGGCAACUCCAACGACGCCCUCAGCACCAACAGCCUCCCUUUUGUCACCGCGGGAAACCUCCCUCCAGGUGCAGCACUCCAGCAUCUCAUGUUCGGUACCAUAACCGUUGUAGACGAUGAGCUAACCGAGAGCCACGAGCUCGGGUCAGCAGUUAUAGGAACUCAGGGCUUUUACCUGGCCAGUUCAUUGGAUGGCACUAGCCAGACUCUUUCUCUGACCGUGUUGCUAGACAGAGAGCAUGAUCACCAUGACACUUUAGAUGAUGCCAUUAGCUUCUUUGGCGUUCACAGGACCGCCUCUCAUGCCUCUCAGAUCGCUGUUAUUGGCGGGACAGGUAAGUUUGAGCAUGCUAAAGGGUAUGCUAUAGUGGAAACUCUGCAUAACCAGAACAACCAGCAUAUCACUGAUGGUCAAGACACCAUCCUCCAUUUCAGUGUAUACCUCACCUACAAGGCUUGAGAGUUAAAACAGAGAUAUGAUUGCUUUUGUAUAUGUUCUUCUGCUUGUGUCCUUUUAAUCCUUUGUUUGUAUUAAAUCGCUGUUUCAAUCAAAAUCUUGUUUCAUUCACACUUUGACAAAUGGGUACAAAGGCACAUUAACUUUUAUAGCAAUGUGACUGACUUGCUAAGAGGCCAAUCCUCUUGACCUGAAAACUUCCUUAAAAGGCUAUACAUCUCCCUUUGAUGAUGCAAGCCAAAUGCAACAACAACUACUCUCUAACUAUUCUCAAUCAAAAUACAGAGAGAACAAAAAAAAAAGAAUGAAA